AUGAUGCUUAGCAAUUUUCAAAUGUUCUCAAAUGGUAGAAUUGAAAGAGAAAGGAAACCAAAGUGUGCCAGGUAAGAUAGUAAGAUGGGACCAUUCACCGACUUCAAGUAUACUUUGAUUCAGACUUUAAAUUUUCCCUUCUUUUUAGAUUUACAGGGAUUUUUGUAGGUUAAAAGCUCGAAUCGUUAAGAUACGAAGGUAUUUGAAUUUUUAAAAUUUGAAAAACGUCUAAAGCUCAUAAGGUUCUCUAUUUUUAGACUUUGGAAAUCUUUUGGUUUACAAAACAAAAAAUUAUUUUUAAAAAUUUGAUAACAACGGUGAAUUUCUCUUUUCUAAUUGUAAAAAAAGGUUGAUAGUUGGAAAUGAUCGGAAAAUAUAUUGUUUUCAAACAACCCAAAUUCUCAGCUUGAGUGAAUUUUGAAUUUUCAAACCAUCAUUCUGAUGCAAAACAUUUUUCAGUAGCAACUUAUUCUAAAAGUCUCCAAAAAAUACACCGAUACAAUUAUUUUUUUUAAUGAUAGCGUCGUAUUCACAAAAUGAGAAUGUUUUUUAAGCUUUUCUAAAGAUAGCCAACACUUUUUUGAAUUCUUAAAACUUUUGAUGAUUAGAUCAAUAUUUUCUGAAUCGUAACCAUCUUCCGUUUGAAAUACCUCUCUGUUUUCAGAAAGAACCCAAAAAAUCUAAUCGUUUUCUCACAAACCAAAAACUCUACGCUUUAAAUAUUCAAAAACAUUUUCUGGCAUAUAAAAAAAAAAUUUCUUGAUAACUAAUUUCGUGUUGAAUUUCUUGGCUUCUAGUUUUACCGCAAAAGCCCAAAAACACGCAUAAACUUUUUAGUAGAAAGUCACGUUGUGAAUUUUUAAUGCUCAUAUUUCUAGGAUAGGUGAAUUCUAUUGAAAAAACUGCCUAUUCAAUUUUUUAUUCUGUAAAAUAAAUUGGACAAGUUUUCAAAACAAUGAAUGCUACUUUCAACUUCAGCAACGAAUUUUUGGUUUCUUGAAUUAAGCAUUUAUUUUUGUUUUUCAGAUGUCGAAAUCAUGGUUUGGUUAGUUGGCUCAAAGGACACAAAAGACAUUGCAAAUUCAAGUGAGUUUCACGGAUAUUAGUUUUUGGUAACUACCGUAGUACCAGCAAGGAUUCGCAAAAUCAGACAUAUUUUCUAAUGUCAUAUGAUCCAUCAUAUAUUUUCUAGGAACCACUACCGUAUUCUUUGUGUAUGUAAACAAAUCUUCCAAAAUAUCUCUCUUUUUUCAAAUCGAGCAAAAAUUUCCAUUUUUUCUAUCUCUCUACCGUAUCAAAAAAAAUAUUUUUUUCUGCGAAAAAACAAACACAAAAUUUGUCGAGCUCUUGCUGUUCACACAUUUUUGGUAUAAAUCAAACAAAAUGUCACGAAUAUCGUUUAUCACAUUUUUCUUGUGCGCGGGUUUCUUUUUCUUUCUCAAACCACUUAAACAAUACCUCGUCCAUUCACACUUGAUGUGUUUGUUUGAAAGAUUACCGUAUCGAUGAUGUCUCGAAUAAUCAAAGUAUACUUGUGUAUACAAUCAAGUUUGUUGGAUUUACAAAUAAUAUCGGAUUAUCAUAAUAAGAGAAUAAUAACAAAACAAAAACAAUACAAUUACUAUUGACAGCGUUUAGAUAUAAUCAUGAAGACAAACUAUUUUACAGAGACUGUGCUUGUGAAAAAUGCAACUUGAUCGCAGAACGACAGCGAGUUAUGGCUGCACAGGUGGCUUUGAAAAGAAAACAAGCAACUGAAGAUGCUAUUGCAUUAGGAUUACGGUAUUUUUUUUCAAAAUUUGAUAACUCACAAUAAUACGUUCUUUUUUCAGAGUUGUUGCUGGUCAAGCAAUUGAUCGUUUACCUCAAGGUCCUGUUUGGAAUACAGAGGAGGAAGAAGAUGAUGAUGAAGAUGGAGGUGAGUUUCAAUAAGUAAAAUGAUCUAUUGAAUUUUGGUACUGAAAUUCAGUAAGAUCUGAACCCUGAAACUGAUUUUCCUCAUUUUUUGAAAAAAAAAAAACAAUUCCUAAAUGUUUCUUGCCAGAUUUCACUUUUUUAAACUUCUUUCUUUUUUUUCAGUUUUUGACGACGAACAAUCUCCAUCGCCAACAUCCGUUGAAUCUCCACCGACAAAGAAGAAAAAGGAAGAACCUGAAAAUAUGCGGCUUUCCAAUUUUACACCAAUCGAAUUACUCACCCUCCUAUUUUCUGAACACGAAAAGCAUGUGUUGGAUCUUGUGCUAGAAGGUAUGAAGAUUCUAAAUUUCUUAUUGAAAAAUAAAACGAAUUUGUAUUUUAGCUUGCAAUGGUCAAGUUCUUCAAGCUAUUGAACAUUUUGCCAACAUCCGAAAACUGAAGAAAAACCUGCCACCUCAAACCAAAACCUCGUUUUCUAUGGAUGCAUUACUUCAGCGACCAACAAUUUUCCCAUGGAUUUUACCAUUUCCAAAACCAGUUGAAUCAAAUGACACAACAAGUAGUAAUGUAUCUUUCUCGCCAAAUUCUACAACUGUUGAUUGA